GUUCGUCUCUCUCGGGAUGCUCUACAUGCCAAAGGUUUACGUCAUUAUUUGUCACCCCGAACAGAACGUGCAGAAGAGGAAGAGGAGCUUCAAGAUUAAAUCGACUUCUGUCUCCUCGUCUACCAACAACCAUCCGAGUGUGAACCUGAGACUCAACACUUCCAAUGAUUUCCAAUAUCCUGUUCGAUCAGGGGGAAAUUUCUUCCGUUUCUUCACUCGACUCUUUCUGUCUGAUCCGGAUCCGUUUCUUCACUCGACUCUUUGAGUCUGUCAGAUCCAACAUGGCGGCUUCUAACCAUUCACGUGAGCUCUUCACGGCUGGAGUGAGAGCGGUUCUUCACAGCUGGCCGGUUCUACAGAUUGCGGUGGAUAACGGGUUUGGAGGCGUGUACGGGCAGCAGAAAGCUGAUUGGAUGGUGGAUGUAGUCCAGCAGUAUUUCCAUGACAACGCUGACCUGCAGCAGUGCGAGGUGGAGGACUUCAUUGCUGAACUGAUGGAUCAAGAGUUUGACACAGUGGUGGAUGAUGGGAGUUUACCGCAGGUGUGUGACAGUCUGGUCCAGGCCUUCAGUCAGUGGCAGCAGGGGGCGCUAGAGCAGCUCCAACAAACCAUCAACACUCUGACACAGAAGAAGAGUCAGAGGGUCACAGCUCCGCCCACACACUCUGAUGAAGACAGCGGUGAUGAAACACAGGUGAUGGAGUGUGAAUCCUCCGUUCCAUCAGUCAGCAGCAGAGAUCCUCCUCCUCCUCGUGAUGAAGAGGCCGGGUGGACGGUUGUGCGUAAGAAGAAGUGAAGAGGAACACGUAGCGCAGUAUGAACUGUUGAACUCAGAAUCAGCUGACAUUGCACAUUGUGGACGGGUCCGUGUGUGACGGUGUGCACAGUGCCGGUGUUCUUCUGCUGCAGUCUGGAUCUGAAGGAGAAAGCUUCAUCGCACCGACUCACUCGUGUUUUUAUAUUAAACCUGUUGACUUCACUGUGUCCUGGGCGACGUCACUCGAUAAUCUGACUGUACUCCUACAUUAUGACGUCACGUCACACUGACAUCACAUCGUACGAGGGCUGUAUAUUAAAUGUCAGCGUUUCAUUCACGGCUUCUGUUGUUUCAAAAAUGGGUAAAAACAGGAUUUUUUUUGUUAUUGUGGUCCUAUAAAUGUAAUUUACGGUUCUAGACUUCCCUUUUACUACGGAUAUGUGCCCC